UCAAGACCUUAAAAAAAAAAAGAACGAAAAAAUAUGAUUAUCCACAACCAGAAGCUAUAUAUAAAAGCCAAUAGUUUUCCAAAACCUCAUCUUUUCGUUGAUUCUUCCCAGCUCCGAAAUCACAACCUCUGCAAAUUGAACGGAGCUAAGCAGAAUAGAUGUCUAAUCUUUUCUCUCUGAACUCUUCAUUCUCCCCUGGGUUUCCCUUUCCGACAAGAACUUCAAAACAGCUUCCUCUGUUGACAAAUCCCACUUACCAGUUUAAAAAACCGAUCUUUUUAGCCUCUGUUCUCUCCACGAAAACUUCUGACCCACAAAUUCCACAGUCAGUUCAGACAUUCUGGGAGUGGCUUCGUGAUGAAGGCGUGGUUUCAUCCAAGACUCCAGUAAAGCCAGGUGUUGUUCCCGAAGGUUUAGGACUCGUUGCCACCAGGGAUAUUGCCAAAAAUGAGGUCGUUUUGGAGGUCCCAAAGAGGUUCUGGAUCAACCCUGAUGCUGCUGCGUCUUCAGAGAUUGGAAGUGUUUGUUCUGGUUUGAAGCCUUGGAUUUCUGUUGCUCUCUUGUUGCUCAGGGAAAAGACCCGGGAGGAUUCUAAGUGGAAACAUUACUUCGGAGUUCUUCCACAGUAUACUGAUUCCACAAUUUUUUGGUCAGAAGAGGAGCUUGCUGAGCUUCAAGGUAGCCAACUACUAAGCACAACGUUGAGUGUAAAAGAAUAUGUACAAACUGAAUUCCAGAAAGUGGAAGCAGAAGUUAUUCUUCCAAACAAACGGCUUUUCCCUUUUCCAAUUACAUUGGAUGACUUCUUCUGGGCAUUUGGGAUGCUCAGAUCAAGGGCAUUUUCCCGACUACGGAAUCAGAAUCUCGUUGUUGUCCCCUUCGCAGACUUGAUUAACCACAGCGAUCUUGUUACAACCGAAGAUCAUGCCCAUGAGGUUAGAGGACCAGCAGGUCUGUUCUCCUGGGAUUACCUAUUCUCUCUGAGGAGCCCAUUAGACUUAAAGGCUGGUGAGCAGGUCUUUAUCCAAUAUGAUUUAAACAAGAGCAAUGCUGAUAUGGCUUUGGACUAUGGGUUCGUGCCAGGAUCUAGCCGUGAUGCAUUUACGUUAACUUUGCAAAUCUCAGAGUCAGAUGAGUUUUUUGAUGACAAACUGGACAUAGCUGAGAACAAUGGUUUAGGUGCAACUGAAUACUUUGAUAUAAAAUUAGAUUGCCCUCUUCCACCAAUGAUGCUUCCAUAUCUUCGGCUGGUGGCGCUUGGGGGAACAGAUGCAUUUCUUUUAGAAUCAAUUUUUAGAAAUGCUGUUUGGGGUCACCUUGAGUUACCAAUUAGCCGUGCCAAUGAGGAACUCAUCUGUCAAGUGGUUCAAAAAGCUUGCAACUCUGCACUUUCCGCCUACCCCACCUCCAUUGAGGAGGAUGAUAACUUAUUAGAGGAAGGAAAUCUUAGUACAAGGCAUAUGAUGGCUGUUAAGAUAAGAGCAGGAGAGAAAAAGGUUCUGCAAUAUAUCAGCAAACUCUUCGAAGAGCGAGAAGCAGAGUUGGCUGGUUUGGAAUAUUAUCAAGAGAGGAGGCUCAAGGAUCUUGGUUUAGUAGGGGAGCAAGGUGAAAUAAUCUUCUGGGAGUCGCGCUAGCAAUUCAGGCCAUUACGUAUUUUCUUUUCUUCUUUGAAGGAUUAUGCUGUAUAGGAAGUGGAAGAAUCAUCAAUGAGUUCAACUCAGAUUUGAUGUGAUUUCCACCAGUUCAGAAAGAAGGUGAAGUGAAAUUUGGUAUUUAAGCUAGUUUUCAAAAUCCCGAUCCGGAUCUUAGAAUCCUACGAUCCUGCGAUCCGAAAUUAGGAAAUCGAUCAUGGAUCUUAUGGAAUCUUUCUUUGUAGUGGGAUUUUAUAGAAUCUUUCAAAAUCUCAAUCCAAAUUGUAAAAUCCUACGAUCCAGCGAUCCCAUUGAUUUUGUCGAGAUUUGUACAAAUUGUUGAUUUCGUAAAGAAAAGAGAGGAAAAUAAUUAAAAAUAUAUAUAAAAAUUAAAUUUUUGAG